AUGGAAGUGUUGGGUGAAGAGAUUCGAAGCUCGGCUCCACCAGAAGACGACGGCGGAUUCCUCUUGACCAGCUGUCGAUUGGCUUUACUGGAACAUUCAUUCAGACGCUGUUUCCAAAGCAAUCUCUUUCGAUUCCGCCUCGGUCAACGUCUCGUUACUGUCCGUGACGAAGCCCUACAGCUGCCUCUGCAAAGGCAGGAGCGGCGCGAUCCCGCUCGACACAGACACCUCGCGAUUUGCGCAACUAUCCUCGGGUCUGAGGCCAGACGGGUCGGUCAGUCCGCCGAGCGUACGUCCAGUCUGGUCAGGACUAUUCGCCCGCCUCUUGCCCCAAUCAAACACACACGCCGACAUAUCAUCGCGCCAGAGAGAAGAUGCCACCCCUUGGCUGGUCUUGGCAACCCUCCCUCAGUGCCCGAGUGGGGCCUAUCGGCCAGAUCUGCCUCAUUCAGACGCUUAAGUGACCGACUAUCUGGCCAAACUAUUUGCACAUACAACGUUUUGGAGCGAUCGGGCAACCGGACUGGGAUUACGAAAAAAGCCCCACCAAACGGCAAAGGCAGAAACGGAUUUCCUCCAUCAUUUCACCAACCCGACUGCCCUCGACCCUCCAACACCAACUCUUGGCCACUUACUCUCUCCUCCCUCUGCCUCCACUGCCCCGGUCAUAGUUACACACGCGGCCGUUUGCACUACACCAGACUUAUGUAG